UUUCAGCCAACCUGGAUCUAAAAUCUCGGCAGUCGCUGGCCGAUGGUGGAACUCUCGUACUUCCCUGCACUCUUGCGCAACAUCCGAUGGGGGAACAUGGAGAGUCACGAGAAAGAGAAGCACCUCCGAGAGCCAUUGUUGUGUGACUCGUCCACCGAGGACAGCAGCGAGUCUGAUGAUGAUGGGGUCAGGGAACGACACAUGGCCUACAAGAGUCACGUGGUAGUGUCGGUGGAGCCUAAGCUCACGCGGUCCGAGCGACUGCUGCGGUCUGGAUGGUCUUUGUCCACUUUUUCCAGGCAUCAUCACAUGAACACCGUGCCAAGCGUGGAGACCACCCAGGACAUUGUGAACAAGGCCCUUGCCCAGUUGGCCGGGCUCACCAUCGCCGCCGUCGGGCUGCUAUUGUUUGCGUUAUAUCGAGAGGCCAUGUGAUUGUACACUAAUGCAAUUUGUUUCGUUUUUGUGAA